GUGAUAUGUAACAGUUAAUAUGAUUGGACGGCCAACGUCCGUAAAUGAAUUACUAAUUUCCGUAGCAAACAUGGGAGUCGACGCACCGCUUUUCAUAUUUUCAUUGAUUGACGAAGGAUAUCUUCUAUUCCUUAUCGUUUACUUUGUUAUCACAUUAUCAGAUUUAGAAUGUGAUUAUCUUAAUGCGAGAACUUGUUGUGAAAAACUCAACUUUUGGGUUUUACCAGAGAUAGUUCCACAAGCCAUUCUGACAGUUUUACUUUUGUUCACUGGGCACUGGUUGAUCUUUCUUGUCUAUGGAACAUGUACUGCUUGGAUCAUUUAUAGAUACGUAACAAAGCCGUCAGGAAAUAUAGGAAUAUAUGAUCCAACAGAAAUCCACAAUAGACAACAAUUGAAAUAUCAUAUGAAAGAAAAUCUCUGUAAAAUGGGAUUCCAUCUUGUUUUCUUUUUUGUUUACCUGUAUUUGAUGAUAUACUCACUGAUAAAGGGAGAUGAUCUCUAAAUGAAUGAAAUUCCAUACAGAUCUUCACACGCCAGAACAUAUGUACAUAUCAUUACACAUUUGUCUUGAAUGUGUCAUAAUAUUACAGCUUAUGAAAUUAUCUGUUUAUGCCAAUCCUUGUGUACAACAGUAAUCUGCUUGAUCUUUAAGCACUGCAGUAUAUUUAAGUGUUAAAUGGCUUUGUUUAUGAUUGACCUGAAGACUUUCAUUAAACUUUAUAAUAACAGGGUUGCCACUUACCUUGAAAAGUCAUGAAAAAAAUGUUAUUUUAGUCCCUUACUGGUUGAAAACCAGUUUCGGGAACUCUAGGAAUGCGCUUUUUCUUCCAUCUGUCCGCAAUUUCGUAUCCGGUCAUAACUCUGUCAUCCAUGAAGGGAUUUCAGUAUUACUUGACACAAAUGUUCCCCAUCAUGAGACAACAUGUCAUGCGCAAAACCCCUAACUCAAAGGUCAAGGUCACAAUUGGAGGUCAAAGGUCAACAGGGCUUUUUUCCUGUCCGGUCCACAACUCUGCCAUCCAUGAAGGGAUUUAAUAUUACCUGGCACAAAUGUACCUCAUAACCAGACGAUGUGUCAUGCACAACUUUCAGACCCCUAGCUCAAAGGUCAGUGUCGCACAUGGCAGUCAGAUGUUAACAUGACAUGAACAGGGUCUGUUUCGUGUCUGAUCCAUAACUCUGUCAUUCAUUAAGGGAUUUUAAUAUCACUUGGCACAAAUGUUCCCCAUGAUGAGACGACGUGUCCUGUGCAAAUCCUGGACCUCUGGCUCAAAGGUCAAGGCUUUUUUCCUGUCCAGUCCAUAACUCUGCCAUUCAUGAAUGGAUUUUAAUAUUACUUGGUGCAAAUGUUUCUCAUGAUGAGACGAUGUGUCGUGCAGAAAACCCAGACCCCUAGCUCAAAGGUCAAGGUCACAGUUGGAGGUCAAAGGUCAAUAGGGUUUUUUCCUGUCCGGUCCAGAACUCUGUCAUGCAUCAAAGUAAUACAAUAUUACUUGGCAUAAAUGAUCCCCAUGGUGAGACGACAUGUCAUGUGCAACACCUAGAACCCCAAGCUAGUACUUAUAAGUAUUUCCAGGUGGCAACCCUGAAUAAUAAUUAUGUCUCCCAAAUGUGAACAGUCACUACACAGUAUCUUAGUAAACAUAAAAUUGACAUGUUUGUGUAUAUAAACAGUAUUGUGUGUAAGACUUAAGUUACAUAUAUGUAGACUUAGUGUGAAUUAAAAAUGGAAUUUUUUUUUUAGCAAAUGACUUCUUACUAGAGAUGACAUUCAGUUAUGAUUUUAGCAGCUCAUACACAAUUAGUUCAGAUAAUUAACCUACCAGUAUAUAAAUAUAUUUGUCAAUGAAUUUCUAGAAUUAAGGUAGUUAUGCACAUUUAUUUUAUUACAUUGUAGAAUUAAAUGAAACCUGGAUUUUUCAAAACUUAAGAAUGUACUUAAAAAAUCUGCAAAGAAAUAGAUAGGGUUGUUUGCUCGAUUUUUUACUCGCCUGAUUUGAAAAAUCUGGACCUGAAACAGGUUUUCAUAGUCAGAGUCUAUUGGAAAAUCACCAUUUUGAUAAUAUUUUCAUGAAUAGACAUUUUUCUACAGUCCAGAUUUUAAUGAAACUUCUCACAUGCUUGUUUUUGAGAUAUUCGCCCAUGAUUAAAAAGAUUCAUACAUUUAAAGCUGAUUGUAAAAUAUAAUUUGAAAUUAUUGAAUAUGUCAAACUUUUUAACAUCAUAUUUUAUUUCUAGAAGAUAGCAACAUUGCAUCUUUAAUAAAUUUACUCAUGGGUUGCCAUUAAUUCAUAUAAUGAUUUUCAUUUCUGAAUGCCGAGUCUGGGCUUUAUUCUAUGUUAUCCAGAUAAAUGACAUUACAUUUAAGUGAAAGAUGAGUAUAGUCAUGUCCUUGGUAUAAUAAAUUUACUUAGUUUUUUUCCAUUCCCAUGUGUUCCUUGUUGACUAAAGUUCAACAAAAAAAAUGAUUUGAGGCUUGUAGUUGAGGUUUUAUAAAAACAUCCACAUUUUGACAGCAUCUUAUUUUGAUUCCUUCUUAUAUAUGCAUAUGUACAAAACUGUGUCUGUAUUAUACACUGCAUUGAUCAUCUUAUAGGUUGUGCUUAUAAACAUAUUUUUCUUUGUUUCUUACAGGUAGUUAUACUUAGCUUUUAAAGCUCUUAGUGGAUGAUUGCUGUUUAAAAAUGUGUAUGAUUAUUUUUGUUAAAUGGUUUAUGGACAUAAUACUCAAGCAAAUGACUUACAACAUUCUGCCAGAAAAUGAUGAAUGUAUAGAUCUCAAAAUGUAAGGGGACUUGUAUUUCCUGGUUAUCUUACCUUCCAUAUAGUAUACUAUUCACUUAACUGAAUGGCAUGCUGGUCAAUAGUCAGAACUGUUUCCCAAGGGCUGAUAGUUUUGACUACUGACUAGUAAGCAAUUCUGUAAGUGUUUUAUUACAUGCCAUUAUAUAUAAAUUUUCAUUUUUAGCUCAUCUGAUUUUUUGAAAAAAAAUGAUGAGUUAUUGUCAUCACUUGAGCGGUUGUCGGCGUCGGCGUCGGUGUCGGCGUCGGCGUCGGCGUCUGCGUCGGCGUUGCCUGGUUAAGUUUUAUGUUUAGGUCAGCUUUUCUCCUAAACUAUCAAAGCUAUUGCUUUGAAACUUGGAAUACUUGUUCACCAUCAUAAGCUGACCCUGUAUAGCAAGAAACAUAACUCCAUCUUGCUUUUUGCAAGAUUUAUGGCCCCUUUUGUACUUAGAAAAUAUCAGAUUUCUUGGUUAAGUUUUAUGUUUAGGUCAACUUUUCUCCUAAACUAUCAAAGCUAUUGCUUUGAAACUUGGAAUACUUGUUCACCAUCAUAAGCAGACCCUGUACAUCAAGAAACAUAACUCCAUCUUGCUUUUUGCAAGAUUUAUUGCCCCUUUUGGACUUAGAAAAUCAGUUUCUUGGUUAAGUUUUAUGUUUAGGUCAGCUUUUAUCCUAAACUAUCAAAGCUAUUGCUUUAAAACUUGCAACACUUGUUCACCAUCAUAAGUUGACCCUGUAUAGCAAGAAACAUAACUCCGUCCUGCUUUUUGCAAGAUUUAUGGCCCCUUUUGGACUUAGAAAAUAUCAGAUUUCUUGGUUAAGUUUUAUGUUUAGGUCAACUUUUCUCUUAAACUAUCAAAGCUAUUGCUUUGAAACUUGCAACACUUGUUCACCAUCAUAAGCUGACCCUGUACAGCAAGCAACAUAACUCCAUCCUGCUUUUUGCAAUAAUUAUUGCCCCUUUUGGACUUAGAAAAUCAUUUUCUUGGUUGAGUAUUAUGUUUAAGUCAACUUUUCUCAUAAACUAUCAAAGCUAUUGCUUUAAAACUUGCAACAGUUUUUCACCAUCAUAAGUGGACACUGUACAUCAAGAAACAUAACUCUAUCCUGCUUUUUGCAAGAAUGAUGGCCCUUUUUAGACUUAGAAAAUCAUGGGUAGGACAAUAUUUCUAUUACACAAAAAAAAUCAGAUGAGCGUCAGCACCCGCAAGGCGGUGCUCUUGUU